AUGAGCGCCAGCGAACAGUUUAUCCAGGCCAUUCAGACUGGGGAUUUAAUUUAUGUCGAGAAACAUCUAAGAAGGCCGGUGAGUUCUCCAGAGCUAGGCAGAACUAAAGGGGUGCAGUCUAGAUAGAAGCCGUGAAGUCGUUAAGUCACUAUGCAGGCUUCGCUUCUGUUGGCUAUUUGUUAGUAUAAAAGUUAAACUAGUGCUUUGAAACUAAAACCAGUGUCGAUGUCUUGGGUAAAGAAUCACAACAGUAUGUUGCAUGCUCUUGGGAGCGAUGCCUGGCAAUAGAAAAAUCGUCACAGCGCAGGAAAGUCGGGCGAUAGCUUGGAAGAAGCGAAACUGUACUAGUAGCUUGCUAUAAUAUUUCACAAAUGAGAGCUUUUAGGCGUGUGGGGAGAAAUUUAACAUCAGGAGGCUGAACAGCUUUGCACAGAAGGCAAGGGGGUAUCUUUUUAAGUGGUGAGUAUUGUUGACCGAGGUCAAAUGAUAUGGCCCGUCCCUCCCCUCUCUCGAACUCUCCCUUCUUCUAUCUUACCCAGUCCUCGUGCCUGGAGCGGUGACGAUCUCACGAAGUAUUCUUUCGCAGGGAACUGAAAUCAACGCUGAGGUGAGACAUGGGCGAAAUGCUCUCCAUUACGCCGCUGAUGCAGGAAAAGUUCCGAUCGUUAGAUUUCUGUUAGACAACAUGGCCAUCAUUGAUGUAAGAACAUAUUUUAUAAAUACAGUCAUAUGGUGGUUUUGGAACCAUGAUUAUAUCUUUGCCUAAUCAUGACAUUUACAGCCGACUCCUUUGUCAAGUCUUGACGGAAGAAAUUCGCCAUCGCCCUCUAGAUUUAUCUUUUCCUCUUUUAGAGAUUUUAUAAUUUAUCCUGCCAGCAAAUAAUUAAUUCUCCUGUUUCACCUUGCUAAAGGACGGCGCCAGAUAUCAGACAUUAUUACAUCCAUUUUGACAGCACUGGUGAUCCUUGUAAUCUGAUUGGCUCUCAUUGAUGCGAUUUAUUCACGAAUCGCACCAAUUUUUUGCUUUAAAUCGCAUCUUUUUAUCAGCCAAUGAGGAAGAUUUUAAAAUACAAUAACCAAUUGCUUGUUUAAAGAAGCCAAUCCAAUUGAAACAAAACUUUUGCAACUUUCUACGAAUCAGCUCACCACUGGAUCAACAAGCAUUUGUAAAGACCAAAAAUCCUUAAUCCGAGCAACUGAAUUUUGCGAUUUCAGAAUAGAUGAAAUAAAGUGGUGACUGAACUUCGUGUCGUGCAAUUUUUGUCUGAAAUCAAACUUUCAAAUCAAUUUUGAAAUCACGCAUAUUAUUUCAGACCAAAUUACACACCACUCAGUUCAAUUACUAUAAAUUAUAAAUAUCAUAAUAUAGACCCGACAGCUGAACGGAAAAUGUCAAGUCUUGUUAUGACUGUUAUGGGCUAUCCUGCUUGUACCAAGCCCGCCGCCUCGCGUGCUUUAGAUCCUAUUUCCAAACAGACCCCCUUGGAAGACACAUUUAAUAGUACUUUAUUAUUACUUGGUGUGUAAGCUGACCCGAGCAGCUGUUAUCGCGGAAAAUCAUGCCUUAAUUUAAUCUGAAAACACAUAGUCUUCUGAGGAUGUCCAGUAACAUGUUUCCUAAUGUCAAAUACUUACACGUUUUGAGGUUAUCAAUAUUCAUUCCACGCUUUCCGCUUUUGUUCGUAACGGUUGGUUUGGAGUUCAUAUUUCAACACCCUCAUGGUGAUCUAAAAACACCACGUGUAUUACAAGGACAUGGUUAUGAAAGACGACCUAUCUCAAGCAAAAGGGCAAAGGUACCCUCACUAGUUUUAAAUAAACAAUAUUAAUUACCAUGGUACGCAGUUGUAUUUUUAGAAGGGAGUGCAGUCAUCCAUCUUCUCAACUUAAAAAGCCUAAUGUUCAUUCUCGUCAAUAGUUCAUGAUACAGACGUGAUUUUCAUUUCUGUUUCUCUUUAAAAACCUGUUUCCUCUCUCUCCAGUUCCAAGACCUCGAUGGUAUGACUCCACUGAUGGCCGCAGUUGAUAAAGAUCAUCUUCCCACGGCAGCUUUUCUUUUGAAAGAGGUAGGUGUGUUAUCUUGUUGAACCGACAGAUGUAAAUGUUGCAGGGUAAUUUAUGUUUUCCAUGCGGAAAUGUGCUCGAAAUUAACCCUUAAACUCCCAUGAUCUCAAUAGUAAUUCUCUUUACUGUCUGACAUACAAUUCUUAUGAUAUAAAUUUGGAGAAUUUGGUAUUUGAUCAACUAAUAAUCCCCUAAUUGAUAUUUUACUUUAUUCUCAUCACUUGUGUGCUUGAUAUUGUAUCACUACUGUACGGAGAAAUUUUCUCCUGGUCAUUAAUGGGAGGUAAAGGGUUAAACAGAGUCAUUUCAAAGACUGACCAGGCAACUAUCCAAUUUUUUUCCAUAUCCUUCCAACUGUAGAAAGUACAAUCUUAGACACGUGUUCAAAGCGCAUAUUUUUAGAGGGGAGGGGGGGCAGGUAGAUGGUGCAUGAUUUUUAUGCAUUGCGUUGAAUGGUCCGCUUAAACAAUAGGAUUAACCAGGCGUUCAGUUACUAAACAGGGCUAGGUGGAGGGGCGUGGUGCUAACGCAAAAAGAAAUAGAGGAGUGAGGUUUGGGACGGGUUACGAUCUACUCGGCUGAACCUUUCUUUACUUUUCAUUCGGGCUGCACAUCACUAAACACCUUGAAACACCUUAAGUAAGCCACAAGAGGACAUCAAGCAAUUUUCGCCCAGUGGCCAUUUUCAAAUAAUACCACUAAUAACAGAGAAAAAGGAAGCUAAAUAAUUUUGGUCAUUAAGACCAUGACCUUAGAGCAUUUCCGGUUGAGGUUGCGCAGUAAAGGUCUGUGACGUUUUUAAAGGUGUUAGCUUCGGAUGAGGGUCGAACUCUCCCUCAGAAGAAACUUCUUUUGAGAGUAACAUUACGUUCCGAUCGACAACCCAAGGAACGGCUUCAAAGUAGACCUCACAUUGACAUUCUUAUUUGCCCUCAAAACUCUUUCCCUGAGAAGAGAUACAUACAAAGACCCAGUAUACGUACUCAGCGAGCCAGAUAUCCACUGCAUAACAUUUUCAUUCUCUCUCUAACCAGGGAGCAGAUCCAACUAUAGAAGAUGAAACAGGAAAAACAGCUUAUGAUAUCGCGAAGGACAAGAAUUUUACAAAGAUCCUGGCUCUUUUAGAAGAAUACAAAAAGUAAUUACUCUCAUGUUGUUAGAAAGAUUCCUCAAAUGAAGUUCCCUCAACUUUAACUUGUUGUCGAUGUUCUUGUUUUCUUGUGUUGUGUGAGUGAUUUCGUUUGUGAAGAGUAGUUUACAAAUAGCUCCCAUGUUGCCGUGGGUCUGCUCAGUCAUAGAUCACAGACCAGACGUCAAAAUGUGGCAAGAACAAAAAAGUGGUGCAUAAGGAGCAAGCGAGUGUGUCGCUGACGUUUUUAUCAUAUUUGGAUGUCUUCUGUGAUCUAUUACUGAACAGACCCACGUCAAAAUGCAGUCUAUUUGUUUUAAGUAAUAAAAAAGCAAAUAUUUGUUAUUGGUGACGUCAUCUAUGCGUCUGUCCUACAAUAGAUUAGUAGAGAGAACAAAUCAAAAGGCGUGCAGGAUUCAGCUUAUCGUCGCUCCCUGGGGGCGACGAACUAUCUGUUAUGUUUAGAUGUUCGCUACUCAGUCAAACAGUAAUGCACGGCAAUUGAUGCUUAAGUCUGGAAAAAAAUACACAUAAAAUAAGUCAUCUUUAAAAAUCGAGCUGUUAACGGUUCAUCAUUGUGCAACUCAUUGAGACUUUUUUUCUGAACGGUGA